AUGUCUAGCUUGAAAUACCUUCGCUUCUCUGUGAAUAAUGAUUCGCAGAGCAACAAGCUGGAGGAGGGGAUAACACAUUUGAGAGGGUUGGAGCAACAUAGACUGGGCUAUGUAAAUUUCAGUAUGGCAGGAGAUAGUUGGGUGGGGAAUAUUGCUUCUCUCACCAAUUUGACUGCACUUUACAUGUACGGUUGUGGAAUAAUAGGAGAAAUUCCUCCCUCCUUUGCAAAUCUCUCACGGCUUCAAGGGUUGGCCCUUUCAACAAACUCAUUAAGAGGUAACAUUCCUGCCUUUGUUGGAGCUCUCCCUCUGGUGGGUCUAUCUCUGUCUAACAACAAAUUAAAUGGCAGUAUUCCAUCUACUCUAGGUGAUCUCUCAGCCCUACGUUAUCUUGAAAUGGAGAAUAACUGUUUUAGUGGUCCAAUCCCAAUUUCCUUUGCUAAGCUAUCCAAUCUAGAGUAUCUUGACUUGGCCAACAACAGCUUAAAUGGAACCUUUUCAUUUUUUAUUUUAAAUAAUUGCCUCAAACUCACUCUAGUGGAUCUCUCAAGUAAUAUGUUGACCGUAAAAAUUAGUGCUUCCACCAUUCCCAACUUUCAACUUGAGUAUUUAGGGUUGCGUCAGUGUAAGAUUACAGGAAAUUUCCCCGCAUUUAUUUCAACUCAAUAUUUCAUUCAGCACUUAGAUUUGUUGAACAACUCUCUUAGUGGUUCUAUUCUGAAUUGGCUUUGGGAACUCACACCUCUUCGAUUUCUUUCAUUGACUAGAAAUAAUUUUAGUGGCUAUUUUAAAUUUCAAAUGUAA